ACUUUUUCAAAUUCUUGGAUUGUCUGGAAUGAUGAUGAGAUGGGGAAGAAAGAGACCUGUUUCUUCUUCUUCUUCUUAUGGGUUGUCUCGUGCUCAUCCUGUUUCUUGGUUUUCAAAGUUGAGUGGUUCUUCUGACUUGAAACCUGCAAAAGAGAAGAAGCAAGAUGAUGAAAAAUCUAGCAAAACGUUACAGCGAGUAUCAGUAGAAAAGGAGAACGCUGCAACAAGGUCAGCUAAUAUGGAGUCAACCGACAAGUUCGAAGAGAUAAUGAGCAGUGUGCGGAAGAAAGUAAGAGAUUGCCAAAGAGAGACGUGUGGCUUUCUGAAAGUAGAGGCAAUGGAUAGAGACAAAGGAACUGUAAGAAUUCAGGUGAACAGAGAGAAGCAGAGAUGUGAGAGACGUGACCAAAGGCUUCUCGAACAAAAGCCAAAGAGAUCAGAACAAGACGCAGAGAUCAAGGCCAAAAAUCCAGCGAGAAGGAUAGGUACAGGGAGUUACAGCAGAAACGAUUCUGUGAUUCUUGGUCAUACCGAAUCAAAACCGGCUCAUCAGUGGCAAAAGCCCAAGGAUAUAAAACUACGAGAAACGAAGUUGAAGGCUGACCAACAGAGGAAAUCUCUGUACCUAAGAAGGGAGCUUAACAGAUUAGGAACAAAAGAAAGCAACAAGGUUAGAGUUUUUUCACCAAGAGCAUCUGAAAAAUGCAGAGUUAAAGCUAUUGAAGACUUGAAGAAGGCUAAACUUAGAGCACGGGAACAAGAACACGAGCUUGUGAAGGAAGAAGCAGAUGGAGGAAUGGAGAACGAAAGCUUUGCAUUAGUGAAAUGCUCGAGCGAUCCUCAGAGGGAUUUUAGAGAUUCAAUGAUUGAGAUGAUCAUGGAGAAUGGCAUCAACCACCCUGAAGAUCUCAAAGGGCUUCUGGUUUGUUACCUCAGACUCAAUAGCGAUGAAUAUCAUGACAUGAUCAUCAAUGUGUUUCAGCAAGUGCAUCACGAUUUAAAUUUUCAUUAGUCAAAUUUAGAAUAGUUAUAAUAUAAUGAUAAGUGCAUGAUUAACCAUUCUGAUUUGUUAGUAGUUUAGGUUUCUAAGAUGCAAUUUCCCUAAAUAAAAAUUUAUAAGCAAGACUAUGAAAUUAACAGAUUAGUUUUUGGACA